AGCAAGCCGGUAUUAUCUAAUCAGAAGAAAAUAUUUUACUUUAUUCUCCGCCGAAAUGUUCAAACCUUCACCUGUCAAUUUUUCAAUUACGUUUAUAGCCAUGACUCCGAGCGUUGGCAUACGCUCAUUCGUUUGUCCCUUUCUAAAUAAGAGCAUCUUCCCGCUCUCACACACAGUGGAAACACACGCGCACUGCCAGAGGCGCCAUUUUUAAGCUUGGCUGUGUGUGUACCAUCUCGCGUCGUAUUUGCAAUGCGAGAGUGGCAUAUUCAUUUUAUUCCUCCGUUUUUUGGCACCGUAGCAGCCAACUCUUGUUCAUAGAGUCUUUGUAUUGCUGAAAUCGUAUCGAAUAAUCGCGAAUUUAGGCGCAAUCAACAGGAAAACUGGUAGCGCACAGUGAACAGACGGAGAACGGCAACGUUUUGGCCGUUUCCCUCCGGUGGAAAAACCCUCCCGUCGAACCAGGAGUGUGUUUUCGAGCAGAGCGCCGUUUCUCCCUGCAUCUUAAACACCAGCGCCAUUUCGACGUACCAUCGGUGACGGUGUCCCGUUUUGUGUGUUCCCGUGAAUAUCGUGGUGCAACCUUUACGAUCCGGCAUUCGCCUUUCGUUGCACGGCACAGGAUAGAGGUAAACAGUAAAGUUCAGGUAAACGACGGAUCUAUUGCUGCCAUCUGCAAAUCGUAAACUGUGUGUGCGGCCGGGCAAGCAGAGAGAAACGAUUGCAAUCGUCGCAAAACAAAGCCAACGCACUGUGGCGUCACGUUGCCGUCGUCGUGCAAAUAGUACGAAAAAAAACACAUCAAAUGCGAAGGGCUACCCGCUAAAGGGAAGGGAAAAGAGUUGAGAGAAAGUGCGUAAUCGUAAACUGAAUCCACACAGUGCCCGUUGCCAACGCCAUUCGGUUGAACUGUCAUUGCAAAGCGAACCAUCAACGCAAAGCGUAGAUCAUCGCUGCCAGCCCAACUUCUCGAAAAUUAAAAAAAAAAAAACAAAUCGUUCCUGUAUCGUGGAACAGUUCAGCAGCUUGCAGCGCAAUCCGGUGUUACAGCCGCUCAAAGGCAAGGUGAAAAAGUGCUCAUCGUUACCACGAUUGUUCCACGCGUUUUUCCUGAUUAGCCCACCGUCUCUGCAUUCCGCCACCAGUAGGAAUUCUUGCUCAUCAUGGUACAGGGUGGAAGUGCGUGAGUGAGGGCUGAUGCAACCUAUCAUCGUCUUCCACGGACCCAAACACGGCGUGAGAUAAGGACGGCAGACGAAGCAGCAGUAGGCAGCGACGAAAGAGAAACUGAAGAUUUUCCUCCAAGCUCGCACACAGCCAGCAGCAGCCAGCCAGCCAGCUCCCCAAAGCAAAGGGAAAGUCACGCGCGUCAAAUUGACAGCAUACGUAGUGUGCGGCGAUAUAACUCUCUUGCCACGGCAACGGUGCCAAUAGUUGAAGCAGCAGCAGCGGCAGCAUAGCGUGUUGUGUGUGUUUUUUUUUCCUUCGCCCUUGUUCGUGCGUUGUGUCAGUUGGUUACAUAAAAGAAUCGACUUUAGGAGACGACAAGAAGGUACCACUACUUACGGCGAAACCGCAAGUAGUUUUGACUGAAAGCGCGCACAGUCGAUCACCAAGGUAGACACAAAAGAUAAGUCCGUUUAAGUGCAUUUAGCGAGAAAGAGAAAGUGAUAGCAGAGGGUAAGUGGAGGAACGUGCGUAAAGUACAGUGGGGAAUAAAAAAAGCUAAUCAUACCCCAUCCCACCCCCAGCGCGCAUAUCGUGCAGUGCGUCAAGUGAUUUAGCAGCAAAGCAUCGCCGAUCAAGUUAGUCGCGAAUGUGUGUGCUUUAGUUUGUAUAUUAAUAUACACUGUAAGUGUGUGUGUGUGUUUGUGUUUGUAUGCUGUGUACUUUACUAGCGUCACCGCGAAAGGACAACCGUGUAUAGAGUGGUGGUGAAAAACAAGGAAAAUCAGCAUAGCUAGCUCAUCAUCACUAUACUAACUCUUUCCCGAUCGUUUCAAACUAUCGCAUUCGACGAUCAAGCAUUUGUGCGUGUGUGUGUGCAGCGAGCAGCAGAGCGAAGGGAGAAAAAGUCUCCCGCGCAGGAAAAGUUAGUCAAAAUUCCAGUCCCGACGCGAAGCCAUAGAGAAGGCUCCUCCUUGAGCCGCUCGGACGAUAGCAGCGAAAUGAGCAAGCGCAACAAAACUCGUCCCGGUCCGGCCAGGACCCAGAGGCAACGUUCAAUUCAAGCGGAUGGCAUUUACAACAAUGCUCCGUUUAUGCAUGCAGCCACAUCACACGUAGGCAAUAUUGUCCAGAUCCAAACACCGGCCGGUCACAUAUACGAAGGAGUGUUCAGGACAUUUUCCUCACAGUUUCAGAUUGUGCUGGAAAUGGCACAUCGCGUUGAGAUCGGUUCCGACCAGAAGCCAAAAAUUAUAGUAGAAUCUUUCGUCGAUCGCCUGAUCUUCAAACCGAACGACAUAGUGACGCUAGCCGCGAAGGACGUUGAUCCAGAGGACGCUACGAGGGACACGUUCAAAACGGAUACGGCCAUUUCGCGCUGCAACGGCACGAACUGGCUGGAGGAUCGCGUACUCGAACCGUGGGACGAGAGUGGCGAUGUGAACGGUGAAUCCCUUGAGCACAGUCUCGAGCUCGACUCGAACGCGGAAGGUUGGGAUGUGAAUGAUAUGUUCCUGAAGAACGAACAGGUGUACGGUGUGCAGUCCACGUUCGAUCAAUCGCUGUCCGGGUACACGGUACAGAUUCAGAAGAAAGACAGCGAAGAAUUUAAGGUGCAGGAGCAGGAGGCUGAAAAGAUUGCGAACGAGAUAGAGAACAAUCCGGUGUACAAAGAGCGCAUCGAUAUCGAGAACGGUGACGAAGAGGCCGCCUUUGCAGCGGUUGUCCGUCCGAACAGCAGUAACGUCAGCCCGCAGCCUGCCGCCGCUCAGCAGCAGGGCACGGGCAGUGCUACUAGCGAUAAGAACUCGAACAACGUAAACAGCAACAGCGGCAGCAGUGCUAACGCAGCGAAUAGUAAUAGUAACGGAACCAAUAACCUAACGAACAAUACAAGCAAUUCGACCAACAAUAACAAUAAUACGGUACAGGCGAUGCCUUCGAACACAAAGUACGUAGUGCCGGCGAGGCGCAAGGGCCAGCCCGGCGGCAAGCUAGUGGUUCGUAGCCCAUCCUUGGCCAACAGUAACAACAAUAACGGAGGUCCACCGGUGGUGACGGCUCAGCAGCAGCAGCAGCAGCAGCAACAACAACAACAACAGCAACCCCCCAGUCCCCAAGCUCCGCACAAGAAUAGUUACGGACAGAUGAUGUCACAGCAGCAGCAGCAACAACAGCAACAGCCUCCGCCGGGCGGUCAACAACAUGGCGGUGGUGGUGGUGGUGGUGGCAUGGGUCAUCCACCUGGUCCUCAGUAUGGUAUGCAUCCGAAUCAAUCGCCCUACGUACACGUGCAACAUCAGCAGCAACAGCAGCCGCCACCGCAACACGCCCAAUCGUCGGUUAUGAACUCGAAUAAGAUGAAUGGCGAUGGUAGAGGCGAUAUGGCAGGUGGUCCACCAGGAGGGGGCGGUGGCGGUGGUGCUGGUGGAAAUAUGAAUGUAAAUAGCAACCAAAAGCCUCUUCCGCAGCGUGCAGUACGGCAAUACGCGAAUGCACAGGCCCCGGUGACGUACAGUGAGCCACCGCCAUCGCUUAACCCGCAACAGAUGGCUGGCCAAAUGCAGCCCAUGUCCACGAAACCACCGAUGCACCUAGCGCAUCCGCAUCAUGCUGUUGUACCGCCCCAUAUGCCACCGCCGAAUGUCGUACCGGCUGAGCAUGUUGUGAUUCAGCAGCAUCCCAUGGCGAUGCCACCGCCAGUUCAGCAGCAACAGCCUCCACCGUCCCAGCAGCAACAGCAGCAGCAGGCCCAAGUGCAGGCACCACCGCCCCAACCCCAGCGUACGGUUGUUGUUCGAAAUCGGGACAUGGAUAUUGACAGUCUGCGUAAAUUUGGGCAAGACUUUAAGCUGGCACCGCCACAGCAGCAACCGCCAAUUCCAAAUGUUCAUCAGCAACCGCCACCUCCGACUCCACAGCAGCAACAGCAACAACAACAACAGCCACAGCAAGGGCCACCCUCGCACAAUGUCGUCGUCCAACAGCAACAACCUCCUCAACAGCAACCCGACCACACAUCACCGCCAUCGCUGGACAGUUCGCCACCGUUGGUGAACAGCCAACAGCAAGGCAAAAUGGUGGUAUCGGCACCACCGCACAGCGAACCACCACCACAGUCUGCGGCACCAUUGAAUCAGCAGCAAAAUCAAGCCUCGCAAACCGCUUCGGGCAUGGUGGUGGUGCCAACACAACUGUCCGCCCAGUCGCCACACCUGGUACAGCAGCCACCUCCUUCAGUAGUGCAGCAACCGCAACAACCAAUCCAACAACAGCCGGUUUCUGUUGGUGGUUCGCCGCCCCAACAACAGCAACCGCAAACGAACCAUGUCGGUGGUGUUCCAGCCGGUGCGCCAGCUGCUACGGGCCCUGUCGGUCCAAAUGCGGUCACCGGUAGCAUAACACCCAGCGCUGCACCGAACGGUAAUGCAAAUGGCGUCGGUACACCCGACGGAACGGCUGCCAAUGGAAGUGCCAGCGGCGAGCAAAAGCCUGGUACGGCUACAAAGAAAGUGUUCACAUUGAAUCCGGCAGCGAAACCAUUUACUCCGCGCAGUCCAAGCACCCCUAAUCCGUCACGCCCACCAAACACUAACAGUAACAUAAGUAUCAUUAAUGGUAAUCCUUAUUUCGCACGCCCACUGAAAAGUCACACGUCUUCUAGCCCGCACACACCGCAAACGCCGGGCCCAGCCGCGUUAACGCAGGGCUCCUUCCAGCCACCGUCACCGCAUGUAAUUCAGCAGCCGUUCGUGAUGUCGUAUGUGGUGAAUCCGUCCUCAUUCCAAACCGCCCAACAGCACCAACAGGUGGCACAGCAGACGCGCAUCCGUAAUGGCCGACAAGGUAGCUACCGGAAUGACAUUUUCCCAGUCGGUGCGUCGCAGAUGCAGGUAGCCGCAGCAACCGGACAGCCACUGUUGGCGCCCAAUCCCAUUCAAAUGAUCCCAACCCCGUACGGACCGACGCUUCAUCAGCAACCGUUCCAAACGGCGCCACCAUUCCAUCAGCAGUACCGUAUCUACGAUACGCCGCAACCGGCCCCGCUCCAAUUUCUUACGGCGACCCCGCCGUCCACCACGCCGUCGCCCGGCCAACCCCACCAGCAGUAUCAUCCAGGACCGCAACCGUCACCAGCUGGCGGUGGCCCACCAACAUACCAAACCGUACACCAUCAGCAACCGACACCGUAUCCGAUACCGGUCUGUCCACUCGUACCGCCGCAGGUUGUCUACCAAAACAUCCCUUCGGCACCGCAGCAAAACCAUCAUCAGCAGAAUUUGCACGUCAUGCACGUUGCGCAACAUCCGUCGGCACAGUAGCAUAAGUUCUCUGCCGGCGCACCCGGUUCCAACGGUUGCCCUCCGCCACAUCCAUCAUAUGCAAAAGUGUUGAAAAACUAGGGCGAUCAGAUCGCGAAUAGGCUGCAGGGGAUCGAUGAAAAUGGGUGGUGGCCUCGACUCAAUACACAUUUCGCACAUUUACGGCAUUUGUGCAUAUAGAAAGGAAGAAAAAAACAAACAAUUUUGAGCCCAUACAAUGGCGUGGAAGAUGAUCGUACUGAAUUAUACAUCUAAAAUUGUCUUCGGAAGUGUUAUUACUACUUUAUAGUAGCGUGACAGAUCGUACCGUGCGAAACGAUUUGGGCAGCGAUAAAGAUGACGAACAAAUUGGAAGCAUAUAGACAUGCAAGUGGCACAUUACCGUCAACGAAUGCAUGAAGCCAAUGUAAAUCAAGAUUUAAACUACAUUACGCUAUUUUUCCCAUACUAUCAAACGGCCAUUGAGUGCAAGAACAAUGUAUAGUUUCUGUUUUUAAAACCAAUCAGAAUCGUGUACUACCCAUAAUGGGCAACAGCAAAAAAAAAAUGCUUACGUGUUUCGAUUUGUUAUUUUUUGUUUCGCAAUAAUGUUUUUGUUUUAUUAUUAUUGCGACAAGCACAUUCCCCUUUCCUGCUGGUGAAGGAUUUUUUUUCAAUUACUUCCCAAAUGCCCAAUUAAAAAAGGAGAAAAAACAGUGUUUAAAUGUGAAUGCCAAGUAACGAAAUUUUAUGUUGUUCAUCGCUCGUUUGUAUUGGUGUGUGAGUAUCAAAAGAAAAGCUCAUGAUCGAAUGUUUUUGAAUGUAAUUUAAGCAGAAGAAAUGGAUCGCAUUAUAGACUUAACGAUCCAUGAAGGUUCGCAUUCGUGUUUUGGGGGUUGAGAAUUUAAGCAAAUAGUCGUGUGGAUGAAAGAAAUCACACAUUUUUGACCGGCUCUCUUAGAUUUCGGAUAAGUGGCUUUUUUGGGAGGGGGAGAGAAAAACUAAUAAUAUCGCAAAUCGUACUGAUUGUGCGUACGAUUGGAACAUGAGAAACGAUAGUUAAAAAAAUAAGCACUCUUGUUUGUUGGCUCUUUUCUUUCUCCGUAGAGAAAUGAAGUUGUCUGUAUUCUUUUUGCUCAUAGUCAAACAAAUAAAAUAUACACUCAAAGAUAAGGAGAAAGUGGAAGAACGGGCGUGUGAGUUAUUGAACCCACGGAAGUGGGUUUGGCAUAGUAAAUUCGGGAGGGUUGUAUAAAAUAGUAGGUUGAGGGUAGCGUAAGAUUGUACGCGAGAAUCCCGUCGAUGGGCUGUACAUUAUUGCACGAGAAAUGAUAAAAAAAAUCCAAGAAAUGACAAGCCAAGUUUACAACAACGUUUAAGGAACGUGUCGCAAAUACACGACAGAUCGCGGUCAUUUUACACGGCUUUGCAGCGGGCGAAGAAAAGUGUAUGAAACGAUAAAGAUUCAAAUGCGUGUGGAGUAGGAUAAAGUUUGUGGCGAAUUCGGAACGCAAACUCCCGACAGCAAAGGCAUUCGCAUCUUAGCAAAGUAAUACAUUAUUAGAUAAAUGAAAUUAAACUAAAUAGUGAUAAUGGAGCGAAUAAGCAGCAACGGUGCAACGCACGACAGUUGAUCGUGUAAGAAAACUAGUGCAACCAGUACACGUUGAAAUCUCUUAGUUUAUAGCAAGAAGCGGAUGGAAUGUGUGAAUGGUAACCGGAAUGCGGAAUGAGAGUGAUAGAUCAUGAAUGUAUGUAAUUAUAGGUAAGGUAAUUAGGCAAGGGAAUUCUUCCAUAAAUGCUUGUGGAAAGUUUAGGGAAAACAAUCGGAUAUGUACAAAGCAAAAACUAGUGAUUAGAAGAGCAAGCAAUGAAAAGCACUAGCCGGAAUCGUUCGAGCAUCUGUACCCUGCGAAGGGUGGGCAAAGACAAAUGUUACAUAUGCGACUAACGCGUGUAAGCAACCAGAACGAGAUGAUGUUUGGAGUGGAAAGCAUGUGGAGUUUGGAGUGGAGUUCAAAACGUAGCCAAUAAAUUUAAUUUAUUGAACGUCCCAUUUUUUGGGCAACAGACGACGGCACACGAUCGAUAAGGUGGUAAAUAGUUAUUAGACAAAACCACACAGGACGAGAUCUAGCGACGGUGAAAGAGAGAAAAAUACAUAUACUCGUGAAGAAACAUCCGAUUCACUCAUCCUACAUGGGCGUGUAUUGUGCAGAUUACAGUAUGAUCACACAUUAGCAAUACAGCGUAGAGCAACAAACUAAUUUUAGCUAGUUCGAAGGACUCGAGAUGAGCAGGUGUAACAGGACGAGAUCAUUUAGCAAGAUGUGACUGUGGUGAACUACUAACUAGGCUAAUGACAGAGACAGAGACAUAGAGAUACAGUUCGGUGCUAUUGAGGUGAAAUUGGGUAGAAAGAUAUCAAAAGAAGGCGAACGCUGAUAAAAGAAAACGUGUUGAAGAAUUGCAAGAACGUGCAAAACUAAGCAAACAACAUGUUAAACAUGUUCGGAUGUAAAAAUUAUAUGCAUACAACAAAGAAAAAACAACAACAAGCAUACCAAUAAGGUAUCAAAGGACACACAAAGAACAGAGACGAACACGAUAAAAGGUGUAGUAAACGAAACAAAUGCUGUUUGCUAGCAGCAAAAAUUGAUUGUGUGGGAUUUUUUCUGCAUAAUAAAUGAGAAGAUGGAAACAAGACAAUUGUAAAUUAUGUGCAGCAAACGCGACGGAAACAGACGGAAACGAAUCUUCAAUGGAAGAGUAAAACGUCAAAUUGAAGAAGUGAUCAUCGUUAGUACAUGCAGCGGAGUAAUGGAACAAAAUCAUUGUGUUUAAACGAGCACACACCAAACGAAGAGGAGAAGCGUUAGGGAAACGUUAGGCCAACAGCAAAACGUGGCUAAUUAGCCAAUACAACCAAUUCCAAACUUAAAUUGCAAUUUUUCCCUUCUUCUAAAACACACAGACUAUCGAAAUAGUAAUGUUCAAACUGUUCCAUACAUGUUAUGAACAAUCCAUACAUCAGUAACUCUCGCUCUGUGUAAAGUUAUGUUGUUUUUCUUCGUUGAGCCACAGAAGAAGACAAAUGGGAAAAGAAUAUCGUUACUAUACAGUUGAACUGAUUGCCGCCACCUGCCAGCGAUAUGAAUGGUUUACUUUGCAAAACACAAGAAGCAAAUAAACACGAAACCAAACCUAGAAAAGUGUAAGGUGUAAACGGAGUCGAUCGCGCAUUGAGGAGAAAGAUUGAAUUAGAGUUGGGUAGAAAUGCACAGCCGAGAGCUUACGAGAACCGUGGAAAAACAUUGUUAAAUCUUUUUUUUUUUAUUUGUUUUCCAUCUACAAACAAUCGCCUGUCGCCCGUGUAGAAUCGUACCGAUAGAAGAAUAAAGAUCAGACUAGGAAAUGGAAUAGAACUAACAAAUAUAAAGCAAAGAAUCAUACAGAAGUGACUGGAAAGGAUGCAAAUACAUCACACACUGAAGCGCAUCACGGAGAAUACUUACCAAUAAGAUAUGCACCUGAGCGUUUGGUGCAAAUGAAGUGUGCAGCAUCCGUGCGUUGGAACGAUUCUAUCGGGUUGAAACUAUGGCGCAAGAAAUGUUAUUGUUUUACUUUCUUAUUCUUUGACUGUAAAGAGGAAAAAAGAGCAACAAACGAUCAGUGAAACAAAAAACAGAAAAAAUAAUAAAAAAAAACACGCUAAACAAAACCAAAA